CAUUGUCCCAACUUAGAGGGACUCCGGAGCAGAGACGGCUGACGCGCGGCACCGUUAUUCGCGUGACGGUGCGUGAGAGCCGUGGAUGCGCCCCGACUCUGGAGCAACUGUGAGGGAAGCAUCAACUCUCUGCUUCUUUGUUCCUGGAGGUUCGUAGGGGGGGGCCACAGAUGGACUGAAACGUAGCUUUUCUGACCUGCAGGAGUUUUAUUCUUUCACUCUGAGGACUUUUACGCGCGUGCGUGGAUUCUUCACAAAGGAGAAGAGACUUGUGAAAAGUUUGGUCAUGCGAAAGAGCCGCUGCUGCGCCCCUCGUUAAGUUUUCGGGACUCCUGGAGUUCGGGGCUGCAGUAAGUGAGCCGCUAAGGUCCAGAUAGUGGAUGCAUCAUCAGCCUGCGCUGCGGCGGAGAAAGGCGGACCCGGUACUGGACCAUGGCGCGUGCAGGUAGAGGUUUGAGUCGGUUUCAUCUGGUUUUGUUGAUGCUUUGGACUCUGUCGCGAAGCUCCGCAUCCAGCCAAGUCCGUCAGGAGUUUCAGGUCCUGGAGGAGCAGCCCAUCGGAACCUACGUGGGCACCAUAGAGACGAAGGCCAGCUUCACGUACCGCUUCAGCGAAAACCACAAACUUUUCGCCAUCAACGGCUCCACGGGGGUCAUCUGCACCGCAGCGCUGAUUGACAGGGAGCUCCUCCCGAGUGACGUCAUUAACGUGGUGGUGCUGUCCAGCCAGCCCACCUAUCCCACCGAGGUCCGGAUCGUAGUUCUGGACAUGAAUGACAACUCGCCGGUGUUUCCAGACGCGUCCAUCGUGGUGUCCUUCAAAGAGGAUGCGAGCAGAGGCAGGCAGGUCAUCCUGGACACCGCCACCGACGCAGACAUCGGCAGUAACGGAGUUGACCACACCACCUACAGAAUAGUGGAAGGAAACGAACAGAGGAAAUUUCGCCUGGAUAUCACCGUCAAUCCCAGCGGGGAGGGGGCGUUUCUGCAUCUGGUCUCCACAGGAGGCCUGGACCGGGAGCUCACUCCUUUCUACCAGCUCCUGAUUGAAGUGGAGGACAAAGGAGUUCCCAAAAAGUUUGGUUACCUGCAGGUGAACGUCACCAUCCAGGACAUCAACGACAACCCCCCAGUUUUUGAGCAGGACCAGUAUCACAGCAGCGUGUUUGAGGAUGCUGCUGUAGGCUCCAGCAUCCUGCAGAUCACAGCCUCCGAUCAGGAUGAGGGCGCCAACGCUGAAAUCAGGUACAUCUUAGAUGAAGGAACACCUUUCCAAAUCGACCCCAAAACCGGCACCAUUGUAAUCAAGGAAAGUUUGGACUUUGAGAGCAAAAAGGAGUACUCGCUGACCAUUCACGCAGCGGACAAAGGAGUGCCCUCUCUGUCAGGCCGGACAGAAACCACCAUCAAACUUUUAGAUGUGAACGACAACGACCCAGUCGUAAAGUUCAGGUAUUUUCCAACAACCUCCAAGUUUGCGUCUGUGGAUGAGAAUGCACAGAUUGGCACAGUGGUGGCCUUGCUCACCGUUUCAGACUCAGACUCCCCGUCUGCUAAUGGCAACAUAUCCGUUUCCAUCUUAGGAGGCAAUGAGCAGAGACAUUUUGAAGUACAUAAGUCUACUGUGCCUAAUUUAAGUCUGAUCAAAGUGGCCAGCUUGUUGGACAGAGAGAGAAUUUCCUCUUACAACCUGACAGUGUCUGUGUCAGAUAAUGGCAGGCCGAUGGCCAGGUCCUCCUUUGCCAGUCUGGUUAUUUUUGUGAAUGAUAUCAAUGAUCACCCCCCUAUAUUUCAGGAAGAGCUUUACAGAGUAGAUAUCAGUGAAGACAUCCCAAAAGGCAGCUAUAUUAAAGGGGUCUCUGCAACAGAUGGAGAUUCUGGGCAGAAUGCCAACCUGCGCUACUCCCUGGUGUCAGGAAACUCUUUGGGUUGGUUCUCCAUCAGUGACAACAGUGGCCUGGUAACCAGUGCUGCUCUGCUGGACAGGGAAGUUGCUUCUGAAAUCGUGCUAAACAUUAGUGCCAAAGACCAGGGGCUCCAGCCCAAAAUUUCCUACACAAAGCUUAUAGUCAGUAUCACAGAUGUGAACGACCAAGUGCCCACGUUCACUCAGAGCACUUACCACGUUUCGCUGCUGGAGCACGCUCCUGCUGGCACCGAGCUGCUGGUGCUGUCGGCCUCCGACAGUGACCUCGGCCCCAAUGGAACGAUCCGCUUCUCGUUCGAUGCUGAGACUCCAGCCAGCCUGCGGGAGCUGUUUCGUCUGGAUGCUGUGUCUGGCCGCCUGAGCACAGCCGUGGAGCUGGACAGGGAGGAUCAGGCCUCAUACUUACUCCACAUCAGGGCAGCUGACGCAGGUAGCCCUCCUCUGCACUCUGUAGGAAGAGUCAACAUCACUCUGUGGGACAUCAAUGAUAACAGGCCAGUUUUUUACCCAGUUCAGUAUUUUGCUAGUGUUAAAGAGAACGAGCCCCCAGGCUCAUAUGUAACCACAGUUUUAGCAUCAGACCGCGACCUGGGGCGAAAUGGCACAGUUAAAUAUGUCAUUUCAUCCGGAGACACCACUAAAUUCCACAUUCACAGCAACACAGGGAAAAUUACCACACUGGUGGCCCUGGAUAGAGAGGAGAAAACUGCUUACCAGCUGCAGGUGAGAGCCACAGACGGAGGAGGCCUGAGCUCACACACACAUGCCUUUGUGACAGUAACUGUCACAGACACACAGGAUAACCCACCAGUCUUCAGCCAGGAAAAUUACAGCUUCGUCAUGUUUGAAAAUGUGUCUCCUGGGACUGUCAUAGGGACAGUGUCAGCUACCACAGUUGAUCUGAACUCAAACAUUUCAUAUCUGAUCACCUCAGGAGAUCAGAGGGGCCUCUUUGCUGUGAACGGAGCAGGCCAGAUAACAGCAUCCAGCCUGAUAGACAGAGAGGAGAAAGGAUUUUAUCAGCUGAAGGUUGUAGCCAGGGCCGGGGAGAUCACAGGAGAGGCCUUUGUCAACAUAACUGUGAGGGAUUUGAACGACAAUGCUCCUCGUUUUCUACAUGCUGCGGAGCAUGUGAGUGCAGUGGAAAACUGGAGCACUGGACACAUUAUAUUCCAGGCCAAAGCCUCAGAUCCAGAUGAAGGUUUAAAUGGCGUGGUGGUCUACAGCCUCAAAGAAAACCCCAAAGGCCUCUUUCACAUUCAUGAGAAGCACGGCCUUAUCACACUGACUGGGUCGCUGAAGGCCUCGACAAACUCCUAUGAGGUUGAAGUUACUGCAUCUGACAUGGGGGUUCCUCAGCGCACCUCAAGCCUCAGCCUCAUCAUCAGCGUUUAUGAUGUCAAUGACAAUUCCCCCAUGUUUGACCAGCUCUCUUAUGAGGUCAUUAUCCUGGAGUCUGAACCUGUCAACAGCCGUUUUUUUAAAGUGGAGGCCACUGACAAAGACUCUGGUCUUAAUGGAGAGAUUAUGUAUGACAUCGCUGGUGGCAACACGGGGGAUAUGUUUGGCAUUUUUCCAGACGGGCAGCUAUACAUCAAAGCUGAGCUGGACAGAGAGGUUCAGGACAGAUAUAACUUAGUGGUUGUGGCUAAAGACAGAGCUGUGGAGCCGCUGAGCGCCUCCGUCAAUGUCACUGUGAUCCUAGACGAUGUAAAUGAUAAUCGUCCUCUUUUUAACAGCACUAAUUAUGUGUUUCAUUUUAAGGAGGAGCAGCAGAGGGGGUCAUUGGUGGGGCAGGUUUUUGCAGAGGAUAAAGACUUUGGCCCAAAUAGUGAGAUUAGAUACUCCUUUGAGACUCCACAGCACAACUUUGAGCUGAACACCAUCACUGGGGAGUUGACCAGCACAUUGAAGCUGGACCGCGAGUCACUCAUGAGACAAAGAGGCACCGCUGUGUUAAGCUUUGUGGUUGUCUCAUCAGACCAGGGCCUCCCCAGGCCCCUCAGGGACCAAGCUAAAGUACAAGUUUAUAUUCAAGACAUCAACGACAACCCCCCUAAAUUCACCAAAGACAUUUACCAGGCUUCCAUUUCUGAGUCAGCUCCAAACAUGACUCAACUCCUGCGGGUCUCUGCCUCAGAUGUAGAUGAGAGCAAAAAUGGGGUGGUGCAUUAUCACAUCGCUGAAGGCAACGAGGAAGCCCAGUUCACUAUCGAUAGCAGUUCCGGACAGGUGACCUUAGUCGGGAAACUUGAUUAUGAAUCUUCAUCCUCCUAUUUGUUGAAAAUCAUAGCUGAUGAUGCUGGAGAUGUCCCUCUUUCCUCCUCCUGUAUGCUGAGUAUUAGCAUCUUAGAUGAAAAUGACAACAGUCCCUCCUUCCCAAAAUCUUCAUUAUCCGUGGAUGUUCUGGAAAACAUGAGAAUUGGGGACCUCGUAGUUUCUGUUACUGCUACUGAUGCAGAUUCUGGCCAGAAUGCAGACAUAACAUACAGCAUCACUGCCAUAAACAAUCACGGCACCUUUAGCAUCAGCCCCAACACUGGCAGCAUCUUUCUGGUCAAAAAACUGGACUAUGAAACUCAAUCGUUUUACAAACUCAACAUCACUGCGAAGGACAAUGGCAGGCCGGCCCGCUCUUCAUCCAUUCCUGUGGUUGUAUACGUCCGGGAUUUUAAUGACAAUCCCCCCGUUUUUGCACCUGGAGACAUUUUCAAGUCCAUACCUGAAAAUCUACCUGUCUCAGCCUCAGUCUUGACUAUUACAGCGCAUGAUACUGAUGCAGACAUAAACGGGCAGUUAGAGUACUCCAUUGUGCAGCAGGUCCCUCGAGGAAACUACUUUGGCAUUGACCCAAGCUCUGGACUUAUAUAUACCAGCAAGGAAAUUGACAGAGAGUUUUCCAACCUGUUUGAGCUCACAGUCAAAGCCACGGAUCAGGCUGUUCCAGUGGAAUUCCGGAGGUUUGCCCUGAAAAAUGUCACAAUAUGGGUCACAGACCUGAAUGACAACUUUCCCACAUUUGUGUCUCAGAAUGCUCUUGUGGCUGAGCCCAACAUAGUCAUUGGCUCUAUCCUUACAACACUUGUGGCCUUUGACCCAGAUGAUGAAGCAAAUGGGGAGGUGGAGUAUGAGCUGGUGGAAGGAGACUCUGACACUUUCAUCAUGGACAGGUACAGCGGAGACAUCCGCCUAGCCUCUCAACUGGUGCCUUCCCGACUUAUGUACACCCUCACGGUGUCAGCCACUGACCACGGCAUUGACCGCAAGACCUCCAAAACAGAGCUGACCAUCAUCCUUGAAGGGGCGGAUGGGCCAAUUUUCUCCCAGCCCAAAUACAUUACUGUCUUGAAGGAGGGCCAGCCUCCGGGCACCAAUGUCAUCUCUCUCAAUGCAGUGAGCCCAAGAGGGCCCAAAGGGAAAGUUGAGUACUUUAUAGUGGCGGUGCGCAGCGGCGAAAGUGGUGGAAAAGCCAUGGGACGCCUUUUUAGCAUCGGCCGCCACUCAGGAGUGAUACAGACGGCAGCAGAGCUGGACAGAGAACAGGGAUCCGACCUGUAUGUUCUGGAUGUGUACGCCAUUGAGACGGACGCCAACCAGCCCAGGACGCAGCGUACUGAGGUGGAGAUCACGCUCCAGGACAUCAACGACAACCCUCCUGUUUUUGCUAAUGAUGUUCUUGAUGUGACCAUUGAGGAGAACAUCAUAGAUGGCUUCAAGAUCAUGCAGCUAACAGCCAAAGACGCUGACGAGGGUCCCAACGCUCUGGUCACGUACACCAUCAUCAGCGGUGCAGAUGACAGCUUUCGCAUCGACCCAGAGUCUGGAGAUCUGAUCGCAACCAAGAAGCUGGACAGAGAGCGAAGAUCAAAGUAUUCCCUUUUGGUUCGAGCAGAUGAUGGAAAACAGUCAUCUGACAUGAGGCUAAACAUCACCGUCAAAGACGUCAAUGACCACACACCCAAGUUCUCCCGUCCAACAUACUCAUUUGACAUCCCCGAGGACGUAACACCAGGCUCCAUUGUGGAGGUGAUCCUGGCCAGCGACUCUGACUCAGAGCUUAAUGGAGAAGUCAACUACUCACUGGAGGAAGACGAUGAAGAUGGGACUUUCCUCUUGAACCCUGUUACUGGAGUCUUCAACGUGACACGGGCCCUGGACUAUGAGACUCAGCGAUACUACAUCUUAACAGCAAAGGCUCAUGAUGGCGGCGGCUUGGCCAGCACAGUGCGAGUUUACUUCAAUGUGCUGGAUAUUAAUGACAACCCUCCCGUCUUCAGCAGCAGUGCGUACAGCACCUCUGUGUCUGAGAGUCUUCCUCCUGGUUCCAGUAUUGUCACUGUUGAGGCCAGCGAUGGAGAUGAUGGUGCCAAUGCCCAGCUGUUGUACAAAAUCGCCUCUGGGGAUCCCCAAGGCCACUUUGUUAUCACCAAGGAGGGGGUCCUCCAAACUCAGAAGGCGUUGGAUCGGGAAAGCCAGUCCUUCUAUAACCUUGUCAUCACUGUCAAUGAUCUGGCCCCGCCUCCUGCAGCCCGCUUCACCAGCACAGCCCAGGUGUCAAUCAUUCUGCUGGAUGUCAAUGACUGCCCCCCCAUCUUCACCUCUCAAAAGACCACUUACAUCCAGGAGAACACGCCGGUGGACACGGUGGUGUUCACUGCCCAAGCCACAGAUGCUGACAGCGGGCCCAACAGCUAUGUGGAGUACUCCCUCAGAGGGCAGCACCAGAACAAGUUCAUCAUUGGUACAGUUGAUGGAGAUGUCAGGUUGAUUGGGGAACUUGACAGAGAGGAACUUUCCAACUACACAGUUACAGUUGUGGCUACAGACAAAGGGGUCCCACCUCUGUCUUCCUCCAUGGAUGUGACCAUGAUAGUUCUGGAUGUCAACGACAACACGCCAAGCUUCUCACAGAACAUCUAUGACAUUGAAGUUGAGGAGAACAUCCUGACUGGUACUGAUGUCAUCCAGGUGUUUGCCAGCGAUGCUGAUGACGGAAGCAACGGGCAGAUAAGGUUUUCCAUCUCUAGCGGUAACACCAACUCUGAUUUCCGGAUAGAUUCGGUCACAGGGGUGAUCUCGGUGGCCAAGCGGCUCGACCGUGAGACUCGAUCAGCUUAUUCGCUGGUGGUCCAAGCCGCAGACCGCGGCAGCAGCCCCAGAGUAGACCAUGCAACUGUCAACAUUGUCUUGCUGGACGUUAAUGACUGUUCCCCUUUAUUUGAGCUCUCUCCGUACACCAUCAAUGUUCAGGAAAACCUUGAGAACCUUCCCAAAGACAUUCUCCAGGUUGUUGCGAGAGAUGACGACCAAGGAGCCAACAGUCAGCUGAGCUACAUGCUGAGUGGGGGGGAUGAAGAGGGGGCUUUCACGCUGUCGUCUGCUGGUCAGCUAAGCGUGACGAAGACUCUGGACCGGGAGUUUGGAGCGGAAUACACUCUGCUGAUCACGGCCACAGACUCAGGCUCCCCGGCUCUGAGUGGAACAGGGACGGUCACAGUUCUUGUGGACGACGUCAACGAUAACGUCCCGGUUUUCAGCUCCUCCACCUUUCACACCACCAUCGCAGAGGACGCUCCAACUGGCACAGAUGUGCUGCUGGUCAACAGCUCAGAUGCAGACGUGGGCAUCAACGGCGCUGUCAGCUACCGACUAAGUGGAGGACAUGGCCAGUUUUCCAUAAACCCUGCCACAGGACAGAUUAUCAGCAGCGCCCUGCUGGACCGAGAAGAACGAGCCAAUUACCAGCUGCUGGUUGUGGCGACAGAUGGAGGGCAGCCCAAGGGCUUGUCCAGCUCCGCCACUGUGUCCGUGACGGUGGCUGACAUCAAUGACAAUCCUCCACGCUUCCAUCACCACCCUUACGUGACCCACAUCCCUGCCUCCACUGCAGCAGGGGCCUUGGUUUUUGCUGUCACUGUCACUGAUGAGGAUGCUGGUUCCAAUGCCCAGCUGCAGUAUUCACUGAUGGGGAGGAAUGCUGAGAAAUUCAAGAUCGACCCAGUAAGAGGUGCCAUCACUGCCAGUGAAAGGCUGACUGGAAGUUCAGAGGUUACUUUAGCAGUUCGGGUGAAAGAUGGCGGAACUAAUCCUAGAACAGAUUCAACCACUGUAACAGUGCGCUUUGUUCCUGGAGGAAACUUUCCCAUCAUCAAGGUGAAGGAGCGACUUUUUUCUUUCCCUGAGAAUCAGCCAAACAAUCAUGUUGUUACAACUGUUACUGGGUCAUCUUUGAGGGGCGGACCUCUUUCCUUUUACAUUGCUAGUGGCAACCUGGACAACGCCUUUCAUAUAGACCAGCUCUCAGGAGAAUUGUCAAUCAGACACCCUCUGGACUAUGAGUGCAUUCAGAAAUACGUCCUGUGGAUUGAGGCCCGAGAUCAAGGCUUCCCGCCCUACUCCUCCUAUGAAAAAGUGGAAAUAACGGUCUUAGAUGUGAACGACAAUCUGCCGGUGUUUGAUAAAGAUCCCUUCAAUGCGGAAAUACUUGAAAACCUUCCACCUCAGCAAGUGCUGCUGGUCUCUGCUGUUGAUCUCGACAAAGGAUCCAAUGGACAGCUGGAAUAUGCCAUUAUAGAUGGUAACAAAGAUAACAUUUUUAGUAUUCAUCGAGCUACUGGUGAAAUACGAACCAACAGGCCUCUAGACCGGGAGAAGGUGGCACUAUACAGUUUAAAAGUGAAAGCCACAGAUCGAGGUUCUCCACCCAAAAGCACGUCUGUCAAAGUGCUGGUGAGGGUGUUGGAUGUGAACGAUAACGCUCCCCGGUUUUCCAAAAUUUUUAGUGCUACUGUGGCAGAGAAUGCACCUGUGGGUUACACCGUCACCAGAGUCACCACCACAGAUGAGGAUGCUGGUUCAAAUGCCAUUAGCAGAUACUCACUUACAGAUAGUGGUCUUCCAUUUAGCAUUAAUCCAAACACAGGAGACAUAACAAUCAACAGACCUCUGAACAGAGAAGAAACUGAUCACUACAUUGUUAAAGUGUCUGCACACGACUCUGGCUGGACAGUCAGCACAGAUGUCACCAUAUUUAUAACAGACGUCAAUGACAAUGUACCCAGAUUUACCCGGCCUUCUUACUACUUGGAGUACCCUGAGCUGACAGAGAUAGGCUCCCUGGUCACACAAGUUUCUGCUGUUGAUCCUGACGAGGGUUUUAACGGCAAGAUUUUCUACUUCAUUCGAUCCCAGUCAGAGUAUUUCAGAAUCAAUGCCAGCACAGGGGAGGUUUUUGUGAAACAGCAGCUAAAAUACCAGAACUCCACAGGUGCCAGUAGUUUGAAUAUAAAUCGUCACAGCUUCAUUGUGACAGCCUCUGACCGAGCGGUCAAGCCUUUGAUAAGUGAGACCACCGUGAUUCUAAACAUUGUAGACAGCAACGAUAAUCCUCCCGUGUUUGAGUCACUGAGCUAUUUCACUCCUGUCACUAAAAGUGUUAAGGUGGGCACCAGACUGAUGAGAGUUGUAGCCCAUGACGAAAAAGACUUUGGUCUUAAUUCUGAGAUUGAGUACCUAAUAACAGGCGGGAAUAGCUCUAGUAAAUUUGUGCUAGAUAAAACAAGUGGAUGGAUCACUGUUUUUUCUUCUCUUGUAUCUGAAGUGAAUAAAAUUUUCCUCAUGAACGUCACUGCAAAAGACAAAGGAAAUCCCCCUUUGUCUGCUAAUACGGCAGUGAGAAUUGCAGUCACAGAAGAAAACCACCACACCCCAGAGUUCUCUCAAAGCCAAAUUUCCGCUACUGUGCCUGAAAGUCUUGCUGUGGGAACUGCAAUAAGGACCGUGUCUGCCAAAGACAAAGACAAAGAAAUGAAUGGCCUUAUCACGUAUAAUAUUACUUCAGGCAACGAUAAUGGUGUGUUUAUGCUUAAUAGUAAAACUGGAGUGCUUUCCUUAGCUAACCCUUUGGACUUUGAAGAGAAGCAACAGCAUGAGCUUAGAGUUUCAGCCAUAGAUGGCGGUUGGAUUGCAAAAACAAGCUACGUCUCUGUUACAAUACAAGUGACUGAUGUGAAUGAUAACCCUCCCAUAUUUGAUCCAGACGAGUACUUUCCCACUGUUCAGGAAAAUGUUCCCAGUGGCACUACGGUGGUCAGAAUGAAUGCCACUGAUCGGGAUUCAGGGCCAAAUGCUGUCAUGGCAUAUGUGAUACAGUCAUCAGACAGUGACCUCUUUGUAAUUGACCCAAACACCGGCAUCAUCACCACCCAGGGAUUCUUAGAUUAUGAAGCUAAGCAGGUCUACCAUCUAACAGUAAAGGCCUUUAACAUCCCCGACGAAGACCGUUGCAGUUUUGCCAAUGUCAACAUUCAGCUUAAGGGAGCCAAUGAAUAUGUUCCCCGCUUUGUUUCCAAACAGUACUACUUUGAAGUCUCUGAAGCUGCUCCAAAAGGCACUGUGGUUGGAGAGGUUUUUGCCAGUGAUCGAGACCAGGGGGAGGAUGGAGUGGUUUACUACCUUAUUUUUGGAAAGAGCAGAAAUAAGGGCUUUAGCAUCAACAAGAAAACUGGACAGAUUUAUGUCACAGGUAUGCUCGACCGUGAGAAAGAAGAAAAGAUUUCACUAAAAGUGUUGGCAAAAAAUGCAGGAAGCAUUCGUGGGGCAGAUAUUGAUGAAGUGUUUGUGAAUAUUACUAUCCUUGAUGCCAACGAUCCGCCUGUCUUCACCCAAGAUUUGUAUGAUGUCCAAGUUAGUGAAGGUCUAUCACCUGGUGAUCUUGUUACUUUUGUGAAGGCGGAUGACUCAGACUCUGUACCAAGCUGGAGCAGGUUUUCUUACUUUAUUGACCCUGAACUUACUAAAAACAUGUUUACUAUCAACCCCAAAACUGGCCAGGUGUCUGUAGCUGCAGAGCUGGACAGAGAAACCACCCCUGUGUAUAAUCUCACAGUCCUUGCUGUGGACACUGGUACACCUCCUGCCACAGGCAUUGCUACAGUUAUAGUGAAUCUGGAAGAUAUUAAUGACAAUGGUCCAACCUUGACAACCACUUACGCAGAAGUAAUGGAGAACCAGAGAGCUGGCACUGCAGUAGCAACACUAACUGCUUCUGACCCAGAUCUACCACCCAACCAAGGUCCAUUCCUGUACAGCCUGAUGAACUCUGGCCCUGCAAACAACUGUUUUAGCCUCAGCUCCACUGGGGUGCUGACCACUAGUCAGGAAAUAGACAGGGAGCAGAUUAGUGACUUCUACCUCCAUGUUAUGAUCAAAGACUCUGGGGUGCCUCAAAUGUCUUCUACAGGAACUGUUCAUGUCAAAGUAAACGAUCAGAAUGACAACCCUUCAGAGCCACGUUCUUUGGAAAUUUUUGUCCACUACUUUGGGAGCUUGUUUCCUGGAGGCUUUUUAGGAAGUGUCAAACCACAAGACCCUGAUAUUCAAGACAAGUUCCACUGUUCCCUUUCCCCCCCAUCGUCCAGCCUCUUCAGCAUUCCCCCAGGAACAUGUGACCUUAACUCGAAAGCGCGCUCAACAGAUGGAACCUUUGAACUGAACAUUCACAGCAGUGAUGGUGUCCAUGGUUCAGUCAGUAAUACAGCCACAGUUGUUUUUAUGGGCUUCAACAAUGCCACAGUGGACAACAGUAUUCUCAUCAAGCUUCGCUCUGAAGGAGUCAAAAGCUUUCUUACCAACCACUACCUCAGCUUCGUUCGCGUUGCCAACUCCCAGCUAGCAGGACUAGGGACAGGAGUACUACUCUAUGGAGCCUAUGAGCUCAAUAAUCAGACCUUCCUAAUGGCUGCUGUGAAAAGGGGCCAUGGUCAGUAUGUGAACCCCAGUGGUGUAGCCACAUUCUUUCAGAGUAUCAAAGACAUUUUAAACAGACACAGUGGGGUCCAAAUAGAUGCAGUGGACCAUGAUCCAUGCACAAGUAACCCAUGCCAGAAUGGAGGCAGCUGCAAGAGGCGCCUUAGUGUUGGAGCUGAAAUGAAGACAGAAGAAAGUGUCCCUGUUAUCCUUGUUUCCAACUUCCCUCUGGAGCCCUACGCCUGCAGUUGUAGGCCAGGAUAUGCAGGAGCUCACUGUGAGACAGACAUCGAUGAGUGCAAGCCAUUGCCUUGCCACAAUGGUGGCACUUGCCACAAUCUGGUGGGGGGAUUCUCCUGCACCUGUCCAGAGGGUUUCACUGGAAUGGCCUGUGAGAGGGACGUCAAUGAAUGCCUUUCCAAUCCCUGUAAGAAUGGGGCACUGUGCCAGAACUUCCCCGGCAGCUUCAACUGUGUCUGCAAAUCCGGAUUUAGAGGAAAAUCUUGUGACUCCAUCGUCAACCACUGUGAGUGUAACCCUUGUUUUAAUGGCGGCUCCUGUCGAAAUCGGGUCGACGGAUAUUAUUGCCACUGUCCAUUUGGGGUUUUCGGCAAACACUGUGAACUGAACAGCUACGGUUUUGAGGAGCUCUCAUACAUGGAGUUUCCAUCGCUGGAUCCCAACAACAACUACAUAUACAUCAAGUUUGCAACCUUGAAGAGCAACGCGCUGCUAAUGUACAACCACGACAACCAGACUGGAGACAAAGCUGAGUUCUUGGCUUUGGAGAUCUUUGAAGGCCAGAUGCGGUUCUCCUUCAACUUAGGCAGUGGAACCUACAAACUGAUGACCACCAUCAAGGUUUCAGACGGACAGUUCCACACCGUCAUCGCCAGGAGGGCCGGCAUGGCUGCGUCUCUGACGGUGGACCUGUGUGGCGAUGACCAGGAGCCCGGUUACUGUGCUGUGAGCAACGUGGCGGUUCACACUGACUGGAUUCUUGAUGUGCAGCCCAACAGGCUCUCGGUUGGAGGCGUUGGCUCCAUUGAGCCACUGCUUCAUCGGCGUGGACAGGUCGGCACCCACGACUUUGUGGGCUGCAUCAUGGAGCUGGCGGUGAACGGCCGGCCGCUGGAGCCCAGUCAGGCGCUGGCGUCCCGUGGCAUCACUGAAAGAUGUCCGAGACUGGAAGGAGCCUGCACAGGCAGCCCCUGCAGACAUGGAGGCACCUGCGUGGACCGCUGGUCCUGGCAGCAGUGUCAGUGCACGGAGGGUUUCACCGGCAGCUUCUGUGAGAAAUACAUGUCGGCAGACACCGCCUUGACUCUGGACGGUACCGGUCGCCUGGAUUACUCACUAAAGCAGGGCCCCAAACGUGACGCCCUGCUAAGGCAGACGCACAGGGGCGUGGCCCCUGACAACUCCCAGCCCAGCAGCUUGGAGGUCAAGUUCAGAACCCGUAGCAAAACCGGCGUUGUGCUGCACGUCCGCGAGAACAGCAACUACACCACUGUGAAGCUGAAGAGCGGUAGCAUCCUCUACAUCUCAGAUGCUGGCGUUGGUGGGAAGGUAGAGCGCACCGUGAGUGAUAUGGCGCUCUCAGACGGUCAGUGGCACACACUCCGGCUGGUGAAGAAUGGCUCAUCCACUGAGAUCCUGGUGGACAGCAGCCUUUCAAGAGUCAUCCAGCACCCCACUCAAGACUUUGGAGGUCUCAACGUUCUGACCAUUUCGUUGGGGGGGAUUCCACCAGGAGCACUUCCUCAGAAAACAGGAGCAGGCUUUGACGGCUGCAUGGCAUACGUGAAGUACAAUGGGGAGAACCUACCAUUUACUGGGGAGCACAACCUUGUUACCUCAACCAAGAGCAGUUCAUCUGUCAAAAUUGGCUGCAGAGGCCCUAACUUGUGUGAGAGUAGCCCAUGUUGGGAUGGGCUCAUGUGUGUAAAUGAGUGGUACACAUACCAGUGCGUCCCACCUGGUGACUGCAGCUCCAAUCCCUGCCAGAAUCAUGGCAGCUGUGUGCCGGGCCCCAGCUCUGGUUUUACCUGUGUCUGCUCUGAGUUCUAUGCUGGCAAGACCUGUGAGACAUUGGUGGCCUGUCUGGGUGUGCAGUGUCCUCAAGGUACUAUUUGCAGCACAGGCAGCAAUGGUGGAUUUAUCUGCAGCCCAAGCCCCACAAUCGAGUCAAUGGUCCUUCCCAUCUGGGCAGUGCCAGCAAUUGUUGGCAGCUGUGCCACUGUUCUUGCCUUAGUGGUACUUAGCCUGAUCUUGUGCAAUCACUGUAAAGGCCGAAACAAGACAAAAGUGCCAAAUGAGCCCAGGGACAAGAAACCCAAGGAGAAGAAGAAGAAAAAGAAGAAGGGUAGUGAAAAUGUAGCCUUUGACGAUCCAGACAACAUCCCUCCAUAUGGAGAUGACAUGACGGUACGAAAGCAACCAGAAGGAAACCCAAAGCCAGAUAUCAUUGAACGGGAAAACCCUUAUCUGAUUUAUGAUGAAACUGAUAUUCCUCACAAUAAUGAGACCGUCCCAAGUGCUCCAUGUGCCCCCUGUAAUGGCCCAGAUGCAGAUAUUGAGCAUUAUGACAUAGACAAUGCCAGCAGUAUUGCCCCUUCAGAUGCUGACAUCAUCCAACAUUAUAAGCAGUUCCGUAGCCACACACCCAAGUUCUCCAUCCAAAGACACAGCCCCCUGGGCUUUGCCAGACAGUCUCCGUUACCACUUGGAGCAACAAGCUAUACCUACCAGCCUCAGUUUACUCAAGCUCUGAGAUCCACUCCACUCAGCCACUCUCAUUCAGCUUGCCCUACCCCAAACCAUCUGUCCAGACACUCUCCAGCCCCCUUCACCAAGCCUUCCUCCUUCUACCACAACACUUCUACCAGAGAACUCAACCUGUCUCGCCGUGAGGGCAGCCCAAUGGACAUGCACAAUGACAUGUGCCAACCACCCCCCAUGUUUAACUAUGCCACAAGGUUGGGAAGGCGCAGUAAGAGUCCACAGACCAUGAGUGGCCAUGGUCAUUCGUCCAGGCCUGGAAGCCGUCUGAAGCAGCCAAUUGAGCAGAUCCCCUUGGAAACUGGGCCACCUGUUGGACUAUCUAUUGAGGAGGUGGAGCGGCUGAACACUCCACGACCAAGAAACCCCAGCAUAUGCAGCGCAGACCAUGGGCGCUCCAGUUCUGAGGAAGACUGUCGCAGGCCUUUGUCUAGGGUUCGCAACCCAGCUGACGGCAUCCCUGCCCCAGAGUCGUCUUCAGAGAGCGACUCACAUGACUCCUUCACCUGCUCAGAGAUGGAGUAUGACCGGGAAAAACCUGUUUCCUACAGCUCCCGCGUCCCUAAGCUGUCUCAAGUCAAUGAGUCAGAUGCUGAUGAUGAGGACUAUGGUGGGAGACUCAAGCAGAGGCGGUAUUCAAGUCGACGGGCUGAAGGAGGCCCUGCUGUUGUUCAAAUGCCCCCUACUGAGCAACAUUACACUCUUUCCCACAAACUGGGGCAUCAAGCUGGAGGCUUCAACUGGGACAAUCUGUUAAACUGGGGCCCCGGCUUUGAACACUAUGUAGAUGUGUUCAAGGAUUUAGCUUUGCUUCCUGAGAAUGCGGCAGCAAAAGACAUUGAGAUGAACAGUGGGGAUGGCUCUGUGACUAUUCUAAAUGAAGGAGAAGCUGAGCAAUAUGUAUGAGACUAUUUAUUACUAUCUGUAGAUAGUAGAUGUAGAUGUUGCAUGGAGGUUACAUUCUCCAUUCAAAAAUGAAGGUUGUACAUUUUGAAAGAUCAUCCGUUUUUUUAUAUAUUAUUCAGUAUAAAAUGACAACUUUCAAUGCAGUAAGGCUGAAAAACAAUUUUUGUAAAUUGAAAAGAUUUUAGUUCCACCUCAGAUUAGUUUGCUAUCUUUUCUGGGUUCAGGCUGAACAUCUAUUUGUACUUGUCUCAUCAUGUGACACAGAGAAGCUCUGAAACAGAGCCAAGUCCAAAUUCAGUUCAAAACUACAAAGCUCCAUUCACAUUGUCCCGGUUAAACACGGUUAAUCUUUCCAUUCUCAUAUAGUCUUUUUUUUAAUUUUCUGAAACUGUUGCACAUGUCCUGGAUGUGACUCCACCUGGCAGGAGACAGAUCCAAAACCUCUUUCUGUCUUCAAUGGAGAGCCCUCUCCUUAAAAACUGGCUAAAUACACAGAAAUGAGAUGUAAUUUGGUCUACUGCCUUACAGACAUUUGAGGAUUGGGGGAAAAACUUUGCCCUUCUGUUUUUUGGGCGGAACAAAGGAAUCUUUUUGAGUGUUAUUUGUAAAAAAAAAAGUGUAAGAAUAAAAAUAAAAAUGAUAACAGUCUGAACAGUCAAGUGUCUUUGGAGCAACUACAAGUGUUGAUGACUGAAACACAAUGAGCUUGAGUACAUGUUUUGUCAUGAGAAAUCAUGGAGUUCUUUUUCAUCCUGUUAACGUCUUUAUUUUGACAUGUUUGAUUUUUACAUUUUUGUAUUGUUUAUUAACUUAAUUACCUAUGCUAUGUUUUUACGGAUAUUUUCUUAUGAUAAAAUGUUUGUUCUUCCUUUUAAGGAAAGUAAGAAGGAUGACUUAUUUUUACAUUUGCUACAUGUAAUAUUAGUAUUUUCCACUUUUGAUAAAACUGUAACAUGCUGUCUACUUUGUACCUAUAAAAAGCCAAUAACAAUUAAAAAGUAUUUAUUUAA